GCUGACGCCUUGAUGCCUCUGCCCCAGAAGGUGACCAUCCGCUACGGUCCGUAUGAGUCGUGCGGGGUGGUGGACUACAGGACCUCGCGGCUCAUCGGGCUCCGGACAAUGCUGGAAGCCAGUGGUCACUCCUGGGCCGAAGAACAAUCUCUUGACUGGAACAUUGUGGAACUUGUUGUGAGUGGAGCUGUUGUCUUCACAUGUAACAUAACAGACCUUGAUUUUGGUGGCGAUGGGAAACUGGACCCACUUUGCAAGGAGGCAGUGAAAGCUGUAAGGACAGCCUAUUGACCAGUCUCACUGAGAGAUGAAACACGGCUUCUCGGCAUUUCACAGGCUGUUCUCAUUUCUGCUAAACGACAUAGGCUCCUCUCUGGGGAUUAUCAGCAUC